GAAAUAGAGAAGCAGAGAACUCAGCUUCGCGGAAGUCACAGGUGAACCUUGCUGCUGUGCAAUUAAAAUAACAACCAAAGAGGUAGUGCUGAAUUUCCCCAAACUUCUUUGCAGCUUCUAUUUAUUACAGCUGGUGGUCUGUCUUGGUCAGGCAAAGUGUUCAGUUCACAAGCUGGAGGCAGGCAUCUAAGGGUAAGCACCCAUUCUAUAGAAGUUCAACUUCUUUCUUAAGAGAAAUUCUGAAUGUGUGAUUUAACCCUUGGCAAAGCCUGGCACAGAGGCUUCUUCUACACGCUCUGAAGAAGGCAUAGCAGCCAAAACACGAAGUCAAUGCCAUGGUUCUGGAGAUUGUGUGGAGACUAUUGUCACCAGUGCAGUGGAGCCUGUGUCUUCUAUCCCUUCUGCUUCCCAUAGUAUCAAUGAUAUGUGUGAUCUGUUCAAAAAGUAAAAAGACAUCCAGGUUGUCAUUGGCUGAAAUGGGACCGAUCUCUGGUGAAAGGCCCCCAGAUUCAACUGAGGCCAAGACCUCAGAACUAAGGAAGAACGUCAUUGGACCAGCAUCCUCAACAAGAAAGUCAACCCAGUCCCAAAGAGAGCACAGAGGGUCUUUCCCAGGGCAGGACACCCCAAGGCCGGUGAAGAAGGCUUUGAGGCAGUUGCCUCCCUUACCUGAGCUGGAGAAGAGCAGUGUCCGACGACACAGCAGCUACACUGGGUCCGUAGUGUAUGACGUUGUCGCCACAGAGGUUUGUAAUCCAUGGCCCACUACAAACAACCAGGCUUCUCAACAACAUACAGCAGACUGCAGCAACCACCUGGAGGAGGUAGAUGAAAAGGGGGAAGUUCCGUUCCCUGUCUAUGCCAAAGUCAACAAAACCAAAGUUUGCUCGAACUCAUCAAGACGUUCACCACUGUAUGCCAAAGUGAACAAGACUAGCUCCCGGACUGUGAAAUCUUAACUACUGUUCUGCGGUGACUGAUAAGUCAACACUGUGACCGACAUGUCCUCCAAAUGCUAAAUAGUCCACUAUGCUUUAUGCCAAACGUUUAUUUGAGAUAAUUGCUUAACUCGUUUUGUUCUUUCUGAAAUGUGUAUAUGCGUAUGUGUUUAUUAUGUUGUUUCUCAGGCCCGCAAUGCUACAAAGGCACAGACAUGACUUCUGUUGUAAUUUACUUGGGUCUCAAGACAAUAAAUAAAGUUUGUUUGCUCUAUGUUCAUUAA